AUGAGGGAUAAGUUAUGGCGCAAACUAUUGCGGUUUUAUGAAAUUGAGGAGACUAUGAGAAGACAGAUUAUGAAAUAUUUUGGUGAACAUUUGCGCAACUUCAGAAGAAAGUUGUAUGUAAAGUUCAUAGUGCCCAAUUUGGGUAAACCUGCUAAACUAAAUACUGUUCCUAAACAAUAUCGUGUCAUUGUGAACCAAGAACAAUGGGACAAGUUCGUAAAUUGGAGGUUGUCUGAUAAAUGCAAGUCUGGAAAAUACAAACAAAAGUCUCCUGCAUCUGAGCAUCUACCCCUUAGUUCACCAGACAAUUCUCAAUCGAAAGACAAAACUGAACUUUCAACGAUUGGUAAAUGCAAACUGGCUCAUGCUUCACUGAGAAAUAUCAUUGCAUGGGGUUCGGUUCUUCCAUCAGUGCCAGGUCAGAAGGUUCAUGGAGAUCCACUCCGGGAUGAUUGUGUCAGAGUGACGGUUGAAAAGUCGAUAUUAAAGAAUCAUUGUUUGCCAGUCCCAUCUACUCAUCUCAAAACAGUAGAGGAUGCUGAAAAAUCUAUAGUAGCUUGGCCUAAAGAGUUUGUGAUCUCUUGCUCUAGUGGCCAUCCACUUUCAGACCCCGGUGAACAUGAUUCUGACCCAAACGAUGAAUAUGAUUCUGACCCAAACACUAAGAAGACAAAGAAGAAGAAACCUUCAUAUAUGAAGAGCGGGGAACUAAAGUCUCGGAGAUCCAGCAAGAGACUCAAGACUGCAGCCUAAUUAUUAAUAGAAAUAGUCGUGGACUAUAGGAUUUGGAUGUUUAAACUUUUAAGUCUCUCUUUGAAAGUUUGUUUUCUCAAGGUUACUGCACAAUUAUCAGAUUGAGAUGUUUAUUAUAUUGUGAAAUGAAAUUAUUUUGGU